UAUUCUUCCCCUGUUUCUCACGUAUUCCAACUCCUCCAAAUUUGUUUGCUGUAGUUACUGCUCUCAGUUUGGUGAGAAUAUGCUGAAUUUCUGAUUUGAUGAGCAGAAGAGGUUGCAUUCAACAUAUGCAGUGGAGAUCUGUUCUAUUUUUCGAGCGUAAAGAAGUGGGUUGAUCUUUAAAAAUGGGAAACAAUUACCUUCUUUUGAUUGGGCUUUCUCUGCUACUAGUUGCUAUUGAUUGCGCUACUCAUGAUUCCAAGAUUGUGAGUGACACACCCAACUCAAUUAAGAAUAAUGGUGGUUCCAACCUUGAUUCAAAUACGGUGGAAGAUAAGACAGUGAAUGGGAACGGGGGAGAUCAAGAAAAUAUAUCACAGGAUGGUAUUCGGGGUAGCUCAAGUAAGACCGACUCAACUGAGCAAUUGGGUUCCAAAGAAGGCGGUGGCAUGCAAAAUGGUAAUGAAAAAUCAAGUUCUGAAACGAAAGGAAAGAAUGGUGAUUUUAUGAAGGAGAAACCGAGUGAUGUUGUGGAUACAAAGGGAUUGCUUAAUGAGGGGGACCAUACAGGAGAAGCAUUGGCGAGGAAGGAUGGCUUUCGAGGGGAAGAGUGUGAUCCAUCUACCAUGUGCACUGAUAAAGAUAACAACUUUGUAGCAUGCUUCCAGGUUCCAGGAAAUGAAUCUCCAGAUAUAUUUCUUUUGAUUAAGAACAAGGGGAAAGGCCCUCGCACAAUCUCAAUAACUGCUCCUGCUUUUGUUCAGUUAGAGAAAACACAACUUCAAGUCCCAGAGAAAGAAGACCGAAAGGUGAAGGUUUCUACCAGAGAUGGAAAAACCAGCGACCUGAUUGUCUUGAAGGAGGGGACAAGCAGUUGCGACCUUGAUUUUAAGUAUUUGAUCAUGCACAAUUCAGGAAAAGAUUCAGAUAAAUCUGCCAAGUCAUACAUAAACUUGGUAUCAAGAAGCCCUUCUGCUGCCAUAGUAUUCUUUGCUGCACUGCUAAUGCUGGCAUCAGGUUGGAUGUGCUUCAGCUUCCGGAAGAGGAUUCUUCUAGACAGUCACUCAAAAUACCAAAGACUGGAUAUAGAGUUGCCAGUGUCUGCUGUUGCUGCAAAAACAGAGCCUGAUGUUAAUGAUGGAUGGGAUAACAACUGGGGUGAUAAUUGGGAUGAUGAGGAGGCACCCCAUACUCCCUCAAUGCCAGUCACUCCUAGACUCUCCUCCAAAGGCCUUGCCUCACGACGCCUGAACAAGGAAGGUUGGAAAGAUUAGUUGCCGCCUCAAUUGUCUAAACGAACAAAACUUGAUCAUAGAAUAUACAUUUAGUCUCUUUUUAUUGCAUUCCAGGGUCUUAUAGAGAGCUUGUGCUCUGGUCCCCCUACUCCCCCCCCCCCCCCAAAAAAAAAAAUUUUGUCCCAAAGUUUUGAAAUGAAUUGGGGCCUUCAUG